AACAGCUGCAAGUUACAGGUUAUGUAAAAUUCGGUGUUUUAGAAUAAUUGGAUUGGUUGGAUAUUUCAAAGUCGAGAAGUUUAAAGAAAUAUGGUUUUCACUGCCAUUCCCUUAUGUGUGAGAUCUCGAGGACCUGAUGAAUUUUGGCGCAAGAGAAAAUUUUUCAAGUUAGCCGCGCAUUAUCGUGGUCGUCGCCGCAAUGUUUACUCCAUUACCAUCCGAAAUGUGCAUCGUGCUUUGGUCUAUGCCACCAAAAGUCGCAAGUUGAAGAAAUUGGAUAUGAAAGAUUUGUGGGACACCAGAGUACAAGCAGGCUGUGAACAAUAUGGUUUGUCAUUGGAUACAUUCAAAGAUGGCUUAGCUCGAAAUAACAUUUUACUAAACAGAAAAGUGUUAUCAGAUUUGGCUAUCUGGGAGCCAAGAUCAUUUGAAGCUUUGGUCAAUUUAUCCCGCGAGAGGGCAGUUGUAGAUACUUUGCCUGGCAUCACGGAACGCUCGGUAAUGAAUCAAGUCUAUGGAUUGGCCAAUUUGAAAAUAAAAUAAAUAUUUCCGCUUCUUAUAUAGUAUUUUAAGUGUAAUAAAAUCGUUUUUCUUUAAAACAGAAA